AUGGCUCACAAUUGCAUUGUGACUUUGGUUGUUUGUGUCGUGAUCGUCAAUUUGAGCUCUUUUGGAGAGGGUGAUCAGAAAUUAGGAGCUUCGUUUAUCUUCGGCGAUUCUUUAGUGGAUGCUGGAAACAAUAACUACUUACCAACCUUGUCCAAAGCUAAUAUUAAACCUAACGGAAUUGAUUUUACAGCUUCCGGAGGAAAUCCCACCGGCCGGUACACCAAUGGACGAACCAUUGGAGACAUUAUUGGAGAGCAACUGGGACAACCAAACUAUGCAAUGCCAUUUUUGGCGCCAAAUACCAGUGGAAAAGCUAUAUUAGAUGGGGUUAAUUAUGCAUCAGGAGGUGGUGGAAUUAUGAAUGCAACUGGAAGGAUUUUUGUUAACAGGCUUUCAAUGGACAUCCAGGUUGAUUACUUCAACAUCACUAGGAAACAGAUUGAUAAAUUGUUAGGUGCAUCCCAAGCAAGAGACUACAUCAUGAAGAAAUCCAUUUUCUCAAUCACAAUAGGCGCCAAUGAUUUUCUCAACAACUACCUACUCCCAGUCCUCUCCGUCGGAGCAAGAAUCUCCGAGACUCCAGAUGCUUUCGUUAACGACCUUCUUAGUAAUCUCCGUGGCCAACUUACACGACUUUAUCAAUUGGACGCAAGGAAGUUCAUUAUAGGAAAUGUUGGACCGAUAGGUUGCAUACCUUAUCAGAAGACGAUUAAUCGGUUGAAUGAAGAUGAAUGUGUGGAGUUGCCGAAUAAGUUGGCACUUCAGUACAAUGCUCGAUUGAAGGAUCUUCUCACUGAAUUAAAUGAAAACCUACCCGGAGCCACAUUUGUUCAUGCAAAUGUGUAUGAUCUUGUGAUGGAACUCAUCAGAAACUACGACAAAUAUGGAUUUACAACAGCAAGUAGGGCAUGUUGUGGAAAUGGAGGCCAAUUUGCAGGGAUCAUUCCUUGUGGACCUACUUCGACCAUGUGUUCGGACCGUUCCAAGCAUGUGUUCUGGGAUCCUUACCACCCCAGUGAGGCUGCCAACAUUAUCAUUGCCAAACAGCUGAUCGCCGGAGACCCCAAAUACGUAUCUCCGAUGCCUAUUGGACGACUCCGGGAUCUUUGAAACUGUUUUUUCACCAUAUAUUGUGUAUGCAGGCAUCUUGGAGCCUUCUAUCUCCUUGAUUUGAUUUUUUUUUUUUUUGUUUGUUUGUUUCUUUUCUUACAUGUUUGUGAUAAUAUAUGAGAAAUUUAGAAGUUCAAUUCCAUCAAUCUAAAAGAAAAUUGCAUGACAUACCCUUUCUGCAAAAAUAAUAUAAAACCUUAGUACCCAUAAUCAUAAUGGACAAUGCCAACCUUGUCAAAGUAUAUUGUUAGAAGAUUUAAGGAAUGUGAUAGUGAAAUGACAUAAUUGUACGUUCUUGAUUUAAAUCAUGAAAAUCAAGUAUGAGAUGGCAUUGACAUAGUUUGGUUUAAGAAAAAAACACAUAAAAAAUAAAAAAAUAAAAAAAAUGGAGUACAUUAAAAACAAGUUGGAAUGCAUUAUCACCUCACAAGUUUAAAAUUUCAAUAAGUUCAGGUAAGUGUAUUUAUCCGAAACACAAUAGAAGUCUGUAUUUUUCUCUAGUUAAAAGGGAGAUAAGUGUAAUUAUUAUUUCUCUUUUUAUAUCUUUGGAAAUAAAUAAAAUAAAAUAUUCAUUUUUGCUUUUACGAAAAUUUGAAUCUUCAACUUUUUAUUUUGAAUGAUUAGAAAUAGAUCCACAGGGCUAUUAUAAAAAAAAAAAAAUUGAGAUGAUGUAACAAUAAAAAAAAAAUUAUGUUAUUAAAAGAGUUCUCUCAACACAGCUAUUAUAAUCUAAAGUAACACAUUUUUAAAAAUAUGUAAAAAAAUAAAAUAAAUCAUUUAAUAAAUACCCAAUAGUUAAUUAAAAAGAACUUAUUGUUCUCAAGAAAAAUUUUAUUGUGCCCGUUGCACCGAUGCAUCCAGCAAUCAUUAUUUAAUACACGCCCACUAGUUACCUGAUGUACCGGGUGCAAUGAAAUUUGUUCC